AUUCUCGUGAUCCGGGCGUGCCAUAAAUCAUCUUCCGUAAGCAAGGAGGACGAGACGAGACCAUACCGUACCAUACCGUACCAUAUCCUGAAGAGUCGAACCUCUGUCACUCCACUCCUCACCCUACUUGCUCACCCUACUGCGCCUAACCUCUCUAUCUAUCCUUUUCGGGCUACAAGACUUCCACGCGAGCCUCUAGGAACACUGCCCCUUGCAUCCGAGACUCUCCAUAGUUACUAUCACGACUUGUCUUUAGCCACCUGGCUUUGCAGUCAAUCGUAGUCGAAUCACUAUAACUACUUCGAAGCCAUUCCCAUUGUCUGUGUACUCGCCACUAUUCCAACUAAUCGGCAUAACGAACAAAUCACGACAUAUCGUAGCGCCUGCGACGGUUCCUUGGUCGAACUUCUCAGUUUAUAACCCACUUACGCCUUAAUACCUAAACCACCAAUAUCUGGAAUAUCGAACGAUUAUUGCCUUGAGCACCGACAUUCCGUCGACUACUCCUUUGGAGGAUCCCCAUUUGUGUUUUAAACUCGAUACAUAUGGUUUCAUAGGACAAGGAAACUCCUACGCGACGAUCGCUGUAGUUGUCACAAUCAAAUUCAUCCUUUGGGAACCCGACGGCGGAGUUUGUGAUGGAAGUCGCUCCAUAUCCGUACGCUAAGAUCGCCAGGUCCGAAUCUAAUUCAACGAGGACUGCGCUUCCCACCCGUCCCGUUAUAUCUAGAGAGGGGACUCAACCGUCUGAGACUAUGUCUGUUGCAAAUGCUUCCUCUAUCGGUUCUAGAAGUCCAGCAGCUCAAAGCCAGAGUGAUUUCUCAGACGUGCCUAGUCCAUCGAUACAAGGAUCCGAGCGAGUCAACUCGAAAAGCCCCUCUCCAUUCGAUGCAGUACAUCAAGAGAGUUGGGCAGCCACCAACAUAAAAUCUAACAGCACUUCUAACCAAGGCGGCCAGGUGUGCAGCAAUUGUGGAACCACCAGGACGCCGUUAUGGAGACGUUCGCCCCAAGGAGCUACCAUAUGCAAUGCAUGCGGGCUGUACCUGAAGGCCCGGAAUUCGUCUCGACCGACGAAUCUUAAGCGUCCGCCGUCGACAGUUUCUACCACUCCGAAAAGGACGCCCGAGAAGGCGUCUUCUAGUUCUUGCUCGCAAGGCACCCCGGGAAAUAUUCCCGGUGCCACUUACGUGGCAGCGGAUCAGAUGCCCAACGGAUCGUGUCCCGGCGGAGGUCGAUGCAAUGGUACCGGUGGUGCAGAAGGAUGUAGCGGUUGCCCGGCGUUCAACAACCGCGUGGCCAAGAGCGCCCAACUCCAGAAUCAAAAUCGGGCCUCCAGUGCCGGAAGCGGAACCCCCGUAGACGAGGGGCCGGCCCCUAUCGACAUAAAUGCGCAGCAACAGGCUGCGGCUCAGAAUACGACUGUAGUUAUAGCGUGUCAAAAUUGCGGUACCACGAUAACUCCGUUAUGGCGUCGGGACGAAUCCGGACAUACCAUUUGUAAUGCCUGCGGGUUAUACUACAAGCUUCACGGAGUUCACCGGCCAGUGACUAUGAAGAAAUCUGUCAUCAAGAGGAGGAAACGUGUGAUACCAGCAAAUCAGAUGGACGAUGGGACAGAGGACGCGAUGGCGAUCGACUCGAUUGAGCAGCAGAGCCAAUAUGCCGAGACCGAGAUGGAACGAGGCAGUAUCAAUGAAGAUGGGUCUGUGAAUCUCGGAUUACGACGAAGGACAGAAUAUCCUCUCACAAUGCUCCCUGACCCGACUCGAUCCAAUCCAGGACCAAGCUCGCUACCGUCCAACGACCUUAUGGCAUAUCAUACUCCUAGCGCCUCACAGUAUGUCGAUAUUCGGGAUUAUAUCAACGAUGACAAUCGUCUGGCACCAAUAACAUCUAUAGCGGCACUGAGUGACCGCCAAUCAUCCUUAUCCCCAGCGUCAUUCCUUUCACCGUCGAGAAAGCGAUCAUUCUCGGGAACCGAGUCGGAGUACGCACCGAGCGAGUUUGGGUACGAUAGCUCAAAGCGGUUAUCAUCUAUCAAGUCGCUUCUUAAUCCGACGUCAGAAUCAAGCCCUAACCUCCGCGUGGCUGAAACUGCUAGUGACCUGCUACGCCUCCGAUCUCCGGCGACUACACUUACAUCAGCACCGAGUCCCAGCCCGCAGCCGGUCGCAUCAAACAUACUACCCGUCAUCCAAUCCAGAGAAAGCAGCACUGAAGACGAAAAGUCAAAAGCCCUUCGAUUGGCUACACUACAACAAGAGACCGAACGAAUGCGCCAGAUGCUCGCGGCCAAGGAACGUGAGCUAGCUGCUCUGCAAAAAUAGGAGUCGCUUUCCUCCUAAAGUUACGAUGGGUCAUAUUUCCUUUAUUUCUAUCAUAAUGAUAACAUGAAACGACUGGGGCUGCGAGGGCUGUAAGGGUUACUCAACAGGAACUUGGUGUAAUAAAAGAAAAACGGGGAAAGCAAAAGACACAAGGGCGUCGUCCGGUAAAACGUCUUCGGCAGCGAUCUUGCAUUGCUUUUCAUCCUCAUAGCAUAUAUGCUUGGCGCAACGUGAGUUUGAAAACAUGGGUGGAAACUUAAGGAAAUGGUAUUCUGAAUUACGAUACAAACAUGCUCCCUGGUAUAAGCGAUUCUAUAGGAAAUUGUAUCUUUAAAGGGGUUUCUAUGAAUGAAUAAUAGACUCGAC